UCAAGUGCUUCUCAUUAUCGCUUUUCUUGCUCUCAGUGUUCUCACCAUUGGUGUUGUGUACAUCGCAGUGACUGAGUUUCUAGGGAAGAGGGAGAGAGAGAAGUUUGAGAAAGAAGAGGCAGCAAAGAAGUCUAAGAAGAGUGGGAAGAAGAAGGCAACGCGAGCCAGAGCUGGACCGAGAGGUUUCGGUCAAAAGAUUGAAGAUGACGACAUUGAUCUUGAAUGA